AUUUAUCCUACUUUAGAUUUCUUAAUCUUUUAUAAAGAUAAUGAACAUUUAGCUUUAUUCAAAGUUCCAAUUCCAAUUAAAUUUUUUCGACAACUUGUUAAUUUUGCUGAAAAACAAUUCAUGAAAAUCAAUAAAACCAAUCAUAAUAUUAAUUAUCAAACCUAUUACUUCUAUGAAUACUUUAAAGCUUUCUUUUAA